CCGUACGAAGUUGACGUUGGAUUUGAACGUUUCUUAGGGCCGGAAAUAUUUUUCAAUCCUGAAAUUGCGUCAUCUGACUUUUUAACACCUAUUCCCGAAGUUGUGGAUAACGUUAUUCAAAGCUGUCCAAUUGAUACUAGGCGUGGUUUAUACAAGAAUAUAGUUCUUUCGGGCGGUUCAACAAUGUUUAAAGAUUUUGGCAAACGCUUACAACGAGAUAUAAAACGUGUAGUCGAUGCACGUGUUAAGAGAAGUGAAGAAUUAAGUGGUGGCACCUUAAAGGCGACAUUAAUAGAUGUUAAUGUAAUCUCCCACAAGAAGCAACGUUACGCGGUUUGGAGUGGGGGUUCUCUGCUUGGGAGUUUGCCGGAAUUUUACUCUUAUUGCCACACAAAAGCAGAAUACGAAGAGCAUGGUCCGAGCAUCUGCAGACAUAAUAGA